CUCCCCAAUGUUCCGCCAGCGAGUGCAAGCGUGCUGGAUCCAAUGCCCAUCGGAGCAUCAUUUGAAUUCUUCAUGUGGCCAUCAUACAUGAGGAGCAUCACUCCUAUGAGAUGUGUAAAGCAUUUCUCAGAUCUGUAUAGGAACCAGAUGCCGAUUCGCAUUAGCGGCACUACGCAGGAUCGCGCAACCUACGAUCCAAACUUUGAGGGCUAUGUAAACCAUCAUGUUGACGAUACGUUGGAUGCGCCCAUGGAUCUGACAUAUGGUCCCAAGUUUUUUGACCUGAUCAACGAAUUUGGUGCAGAGACCAUCUUGGGUUUCAAUCGAGGGCGAGGCAAUAAGAAAAACACCUUUGCGGCGAUUCUGGAGGCACGCAAACGAGCGUCGAAGAAUAUCUACGCUAUCGAGCUUGGCAAUGAGCCAGACCUGUACCUGAUGUGGCAACAGCCCAUAGCCGUCGCGCCCUGGAACGAGACGCAGGAAGGGGAAAGCAACGCGGACUGGGCUCAAUCUUUCCUCAAAAUCUGGCCGGGCAAGCUUCCCAUUCUUUUUGGCCCGUCAUACGCUGUACCUAUCCCGCUUUCACCCGCUUGGCCGAAUACCAAUUACUUGAUCAACACUGUAUACGACCAGACGAUCAAGAACGCCAUGAAGAUAUACAGUGGACAUCUUUAUGCACUAUCCAACGGAACAACGCUUGAUGGCGAGAUGAGUCACGUCCGGACUUCCUCGGAUGUUGGUACAUUUCUGAGCCAGAUUGCGUCGGUAAAGGUUGCGGGUAGAGACUAUGUUCUCGGUGAGACCAAUUUCCACGGCCUGGAUGAAGAGAUGGAUGCAACAUUCGGCGGUGCCCUGGUCACGCUCGAUCGCUCCCUCCGAAGCACCUCUAUCGGCAUCAAACGCCUCUUCUACCACCAAGGCACGGUCAAUCAAGCAUUCUUUAAUUGGUGGUCCGACAAUCAAGUCGAGGCUCCGUUCUACGGCGGAUACGUCUCCGCCCUAGCCUUGGCCGGUGGUGACAAGAUCGUUGCAGGAGAUAAGGGCACCACGCGCUACGCUCAAUACAUCGUCUACGCGAGAAACAAACCCAUAAAGCUGGUCCUGCUGAAUACCGACUACUAUUCCGGCAAUGGGACUCGCAGCUCGACUACAUUCAACCUGUCAGGUCUCAUAGGCCUGAAGAAGGCGAAGGCUCUCCGAUUUGCAGCUGCAUCAAGCGCGUUGACGACCGAGCCAGGUGAUACAACUGCCACCUCUCAUCCUACUAUUGGAGGCCAGUACUUCCUGAACAAGGAUUGCGCUAUUGCUAGCGACCGAAAGUACGAAUACCGCGAAGUGAAGGGAGGGAAGGUAUCCUUUGCGUUGGCCGCCUCCGAGGCGUUGAUUGUCUACCUAUGA